CCCCGGAGAGGACGCGCGCACCUCGGGGGUGAGUGAGUGAGUGACCGCGUUCAGGUGAAGAAGCACCUCGUCCGCCCUCGCACCCUAACCCUCCCCCAGGGGCUUCACACCCCCUCCAUCUCUCAGCUGGUCGACUGUUUAAAAAAAAAACCAUUAACAAAAAAAACCAAGAGGGCCGCUGCAAUCGAGAGGCGGGAAGCGGCCGGCUGGCUGGAGGCCUGAAAGCCUGGGCCUCGGGUGUAAUGUGAGGCGAGAAGCAGACCCGCUCACGGGCGAACAUUUCAUUUUAUUGCGGUGCUCGCCGGCCGGCCAGCGCGGAGACUGAACAUCUUGUGGAGUGGGUGCACUGUGAGUGUGAGUGCAGGUGUGCACCAGCAACAUGUCGAACUGCGCGGUGCCACCUCGGUGGCUGCACUGCCCGAGGAGAGGGCAGCCCGUGGCAGGAAAGUUUUUGCCUUUGAAAACCAUGUUGGGAGCAAGAUACAAUGAGCACGUUCCUGAAGAGAAUCGAUUUCAUCCUAGUAUGCUUUCAAACUAUCUAAAAAGUUUAAAGGUGAACAUGGGAUUCUUGGUUGAUUUAACAAACACAAGCAGAUUUUAUGACAGAACUGAAAUAGAGAAAGAAGGAAUUAAAUAUUUUAAACUACAGUGCAAAGGACAUGCUGAGUGCCCCACUGAAGAAAUAACAAGUAUGUUCAUCCGAUUAUGUGAGAAUUUCAUACUUCAACAUCCCAUGGAAUUAAUAGGAGUACACUGCACACAUGGCUUCAAUCGAACUGGAUUUCUUAUCUGUGCUUACUUGGUGGAGAAGAUGGAUUGGAGCAUUGAAGCAGCAGUUGCUACUUUUGCGCAGGCAAGGCCCCCUGGUAUUUAUAAAGGGGAAUACCUGCAGGAACUUUUUUCACGCUAUGGUGAGGCAGAUGAUGCACCGCCGCCACCGGCACGACCAGAUUGGUGUUUUGAGGACGAUGAUGAAAAUGCCGAUGAUGAUGGAUGCAAGAUCAGUAAUGAGACGGAACCUGGAUCUUCAAGCUCUAACCCCAAGAGGAGAAAAGAGCGACUUAAAGUGGGAGCAAUUUUUCUGGAGGGAAUGCAAGUUAAAGGUGUGACACAAUUGAUAAUCGAACCUAAGUUGGGAGAGAUCCAAAGGAAAUGUCAACAGUACUGUGGAUGGGAAAGGUCUGGAUUUCCUGGAGCACAGCCUGUUUCUAUGGACAAACAAAACAUACGUUUUGUUGAUGAAAAGCCAUAUAAAGUCAGCUGGAAAGCGGACGGGGCACGGUAUAUGAUGCUCAUUGAUGGCAAGAAUGAGGUAUUCAUGGUUGACAGAGACUGUACGAUCUUUCACGUAGCAAACCUGGAGUUUCCUCUUCGGAAGGACCUUCGCAUUCACCUGAGGAACACCUUACUGGAUGGGGAAAUGAUCAUUGACAAAGUAAAUGGGCACCCUGUACCUCGAUACUUGAUAUACGACAUAGUAAAAUUCAAUGGAAAGCCAGUUGGAGACUGUGAUUUUAAUGUCCGAUUAAGCUGCAUUGAGAAGGAGAUAAUACAGCCCCGGCAUGAGAAAAUGAAAACUGGCCUUAUUGACAAAACAAGGGAACCAUUUAGUGUUCGAAACAAGCCAUUCUUUGACAUCCAUGCUGCAAGAAAGUUGUUGGAGGGAAGUUUCGCUCGGGAAGUCAGCCAUGAAGUGGAUGGACUGAUUUUUCAACCAACGGGGAAGUACAAGCCUGGUCGAUGUGACGAUAUACUUAAGUGGAAACCUCCAAGCCAUAAUUCUGUUGACUUUCGUCUGAAAAUAACAAAAGUGGGAGGAGAAGGAUUGCUCCCUCAGACGGUUGGACUACUAUAUGUUGGCAAUUAUGAACACCCCUUUGCACAAAUAAAGGUGAAUAAAGAACUGAGAGCAUAUGACAACAAGAUCAUCGAAUGCAAGUUUGAGAACAAUAGUUGGGUUAUAAUGCGAGAAAGGGUAGACAAGAGCUUCCCCAAUGCCUACGACACAGCCAUGGCUGUCUGCAACAGUAUCAAGAACCCAGUUACAAAAGAUUACCUCUUUGAGUUCAUUGAAAGGAAUCAAAUGCUAUCCCAAAGAGAAACACGGAAAAAAUCUCUGGAUAUGGACUCUGAGCUAAUGCCACCGCCGCCUCCGAAGCGACCAAACCAUGCUUUGUAAACAUCCGAUUUGUAAACACAGCGUCUUUGUAAAAAGUUUCAAAUACAGAAUCAUUGUUUUUGCAGGUCUGCAUAAGCUGAUGUCAAGUCUAUUCUCUCUGGGACAGAAGGGUACAAAUCCUCUCUAACAUUAUUAGUUUUUUCUCAACUCGGCAAACUGUAAAAAUAAAUAAAAAAUCCUGACUUAUUAAGCGCAGUUAUUAAUUUUCUUUACAUUUCCAAAGUUUCAGUUAUUUCCGACUGUUUUCGAGCACUGCAUUACUGUACUCCAGCUUUUAGUUCCUAUUUUGCAAGAAAUUACAAUCAAAUAUUUAUUCUGUGGAGAAGAAUCACAUUUUUGCUUUAUUUCACAAACUAAGCUGGUUUAAUUGAAAGUUCUCUGAAACCUAUAGAACCAUUUACUUUCAACCAUUUUUGCAGGUUGUUGGCUAAUUUAUAUAUAAACACAGAGAUUAAAUGAUCGUACAGUUUUUUGAAGAGCUUUAUUUUUAAUUCAGUUUUAAUCCAGACUAUGCAGGCCAAAUGGAAAUGAAAAGUUCCUAUUUAAUAUGUUUAUUUUGAGUACCACGGAUUUUGAAAGCAUGGACCAACUUUACGUUAAUUAAAGUGAAUAAAGAUUUCUCCACAAAUCUUACCACCCUGCCCCACUAAAACUAUGUAUUUGAUUUAAUUUUAACAUGAUAGGCAUGUAAGCCUAAACGCACGCCUCACUCCAUUUCCCUUUUUUGACUCAAAUAGUCUCAUGUUUUCCCUUUAAAUUAUAGGGGCCUUGAUGUAAACAUUUGCAAUAAAUGGCAAUAAAAGACACCAUCUUCCUUUCUGAUGAAGUUUUUGGAUUAUGUAAUUUUUAGGAAAACUUUGUUGCAUCUUUUUGUCUAUUAAUUAAAAAACAAAUGUCUCAA